AUGGCCGGGGCUGGGAAGGAUGCCCCGGAGCGCCCGGCGGCGGCGGAAUACAGGCUCUCAGUUUGUGGCAAGUUAUGCUAUGCAAUAGGAGGUGCCCCAAACCAAGUGGCAGGGAGUGCUGCUGCUUUCUUCCUACAGAUCUACCUGCUAGAUAUAGCCCAUAUCACACCGUUCCAUGCCUCUUUGGUGCUGUUCAUUGGCAAAGCCUCAGGAGCAGUUACUGAUCCUGUUGCUGGCUUUUUUAUUAGCAAAAGUAAAUGGACAAAAAUUGGCCGGCUCAUGCCUUGGAUGCUGGCAUGUACACCCUUCACAGUAGUGUCCUAUUUUUUCAUGUGGUACCUGCCUCCUUUUGUAUCAGGAAGAGUUGCAUGGUACCUGACUUUCUACUGCCUUUUCCAAGCACUGACCACACUAUUCCAGGUACCAUAUACUGCUCUCACCAUGUUUCUCAGCACAGACCAGAAGGAGCGAGAUUCUGCAACGGCAUACCGAAUGACCAUGGAAGUUCUUGGGACCUUGAUUGGAGCUGCACUUCAGGGGCAAAUUGUGGCCAGUGCUCAUCUCUCUCAUCACUGCACCAUGAAUCCCCCACUAAACACGACCAGCCCUACCGACUCCUGGCAUGACAGUCCCAGCUUCCCUGAGCCCUCGGACUCCCUGUCCCAUCAAGCAAAAGUUUAUAUGAUUGCAGCAGGGGUUAUAGGAGGUGUGUAUCUUCUGGGAAUUAUCAUUCUUUUUCUUGGAGUAAAGGAAAAAGAUGAUCCUUAUGCCUUGAAUUCAGACAGAGCAAUUCCUUUUUGCAAGGGGCUUGGGCUCACCAUGAAGCAUGGUCCAUAUGUGAAGCUUACAGCUUCAUUUCUUCUCAUCUCAACAGCAGUUCAGCUGGAGCAGAGCAACUUUGUCCUGUUCUGUACUCAUGCAGCCGAUCUUCGCAAUCACUUCCAGUAUUUGGUGGUGACCAUCUUGGUAUCAGCAGCUGUGAGCAUUCCCUUCUGGCAGAAGUUUCUGCAGCGAUUUGGCAAGAAGUGUGCAGCAUGUGGGAUUUCGUGGAUGAUUCCUUUUGCAGUCAUGCUAGUGACCAUUCCAAACCUGAUCCUGGCUUACUUCGUGGCCUUUGUCUCUGGUCUGAGCAUUGCAGCAUCUCUGCUGUUGCCGUGGUCAAUGCUGCCUGAUGUUGUUGAUAACUUCCGCCUGCAGAAUCCUCAUGGAAAAGGACAAGAAACCAUUUUCUAUUCUUCUUAUGUUUUCUUUACCAAGAUGUCAGCAGGAAUUGGCUUAGGAAUUUCUGCUGCCAGCCUGGAGUUUACUGGUUACAAGCCAGGGAUAUGCAGACAGUCCAAUAAUGUGAUCCUCACACUGAAAAUCCUCAUCGGAGCAGUUCCUGCUGUCCUCAUCCUUGUAGGUUUAUUUAUACUUCUCUUCUACCCAAUCACUGAAGAAAGUCGGAAAGAAACAAAGCUUGCGCUGGAAGUGUUAAGAAGGAGCCAUCAAAGCACAGAGAACCUGGAUGACCACAGAGAGGACACCUCGGUCUGA